AUGCUGUGGGAGCUGCCCGAGGAGGUGUUGGUUCACAUACUGAGCUUCUUGCCGCCGAGGGAGCUCGGUUGGACGCUGCCUCUUGUGUGUCGCCUCCUGCGCAGCCUUGCUGACGACGACGCUCUGUGGAAAAGGAGUGCGGGCACAUGGCGGCACGCACUCAUGCUGCGGUCCACGCUCAAGCAGGCCUGGAUGGAGCCGUGGCCGCCCGGGUCACCCGGGUCGCCCUCCUCCACAAUGAGCAUCCCCUCCCACUGCACUAGCCGCAUUCGCGGCCAACACGAGGUGGCGAUCCGUGCGCUGGACUUUGAUGACGACUUCGUCGUUUCUGGAGGCGAGGAUCAGCUUAUCAAGGUGUGGCCGCGUGAUGGCCCGGCGACCGCAUCCCCGGAGCCUCUCUUCACGUUGCGCGAACACACGGGCAUCGUGCACGGCCUGGCCUAUCGCAAGGGCCUCCUCGUGUCAGGGAGCGACGACAACACCAUCAAAAUUUUCGACCGAAACCAGGCCUUCACGUGCGUCCACACGCUGGAGGGACACGAGAAAGGAGUGCGAUGCCUGCAGUAUCACGAUUCGACAAUAGUGUCCGGUUCGUAUGAUCACAGCGUGCGCGUGUGGGACGUCGAGCGGGGCGUGGAGAAGGGCAUUCUGGGCAAGGCCCACACGUCCCACGCGGGCAUCGUGUUCGGUCUGCAGUACAGUCCCGAGGAGUCCGUCGUUAUCAGGUCGCAGGAGGCGGCCAAUUUCUGUACCAUACACACGCACUCGGACUGGCACAUGGCCGUCGCGUUCGACGAGCAGCGGAUAGUUGUAGGGAGCCGAGAUCACAGCAUCACCGUUUGGGACCGACACACGCACGGUCUGAUUCGUGUCCUCAAUGCGCAUUCGCUCGGCGUGGUGGCGCUCCAGAUCGACGACUACAAGAUCGUAUCAGGCUCGGGAGAUAACACUGCGCGCGUGUGGCCCAUUGAGGGCAGUGAGCCCAUCUCCUGCAUUGCACUCAAGGACACAGCAUGGUGUGUCAAGUUUGAUGGCGCGUCGCUCUUCACCGGCUCGGGGCGAGUCGACAGCCACUCUCGCCUUCAGCCCAAUUUUCAGUACCUUUUAGCCCAUUGA